UUCUCACUGGACACCAGCAACGGUGCACGAUAGUCUCACCGGAGUGACGCAAUACAAGGAACCGGGAAAGCGAGGGCAAACGAGAUGCACAAGUGUACCAAGGCUCGUACUACGCAACCACCACCAUGCUCAUGGAAACCCGAGCGCAUGCGCGUCUUGCGUACCAAGUUUACCAAUCCAUUCGACAUCCCUGUCCUAUUCUUGCACGACCAGCAAAAAAAACCCCUAAGGGUGGAAUAGUGUCACGAAGGGGUGAAUUAGUGAAAUGCAAUCAAGCCACAAUGCCACCCUCCUGUGUAAAAGCCGGAAUCGAGCUGGGCGCGUUCGGCAGUCGCAGUACGCAUUCACCACGCAUCGUCCCAUCAGUCUAAUUUUCUCUUUAAUUUGUUUUCUCUCUCGAUCUCUCUUUUUUGCUCUCCCACCGGAAAUACUUAUCAAAGGGGAAAGGAGCGACCGUCGAGAUAGACAGGACAACAAUGUACGGCCAACUUCGAUAUCGAUUUUUCUUCACUGCAAACUCGCCCGAGUGGUCGUGUCGCGCCAGUAACGUUUCCGGGGCUGGAACGAAUGGUACGGCUACGUAGGCUCUAGUGAUGCGUUCGAAUAUUCGUUAGUGAACGGGUGACGAGUGAGUGUAACGUGGCGAUUUGACUGCUGCGACAAGAACAACCAGACAAAAAACAGACCAACCUCUGGUGCCUGGUGGUAGUGAAACGGAUUAUUAGCGUCGGAAUAAUUGGAUGUCGUCUCCGCGAGCCGCCGCGAUACGUUUGCGUUUGCGGAACACAGUGUUGGCGCAGCGGCACACCAUUGCCAGCGGGAAGAAGCGGCUACUGUUUGGCACACAAAAGCAGAAGAAACCGUGGGCGAAAAUGUGGGUCUCGACAAACAAAGUGCUGAUCGGCUCAGUUGGCGGGCUGAAGAAGACGCACUGUCGCAAUCCGAACUUUGAUUGCGAGGAAACCAAGCUGCUGAUUUCGCUGUGGGGCGAUCCACAGGUACAGCGGACGCUCAUCACCACGCACAAGAAACAUCCGGUCAUAGCGAAGCUGGCGGAAAAGAUGCGCGAGUACGGGUACAACCGUUCGACGGAGGAAAUUAACACGCGCAUCAAGAACCUCAAGUGUUUCUACAACCGCAUCAAGAAGGAUUUAGAAACGGGCGUAAUUAACGAACCAUCCUGGAAGCAUUUCCAGGCGAUGGACGAAAUCUUGACACGGCCAGUAUUUGGCGGAGCAAACGCCGCUAGCCGGUAUCAACCGACCCUGCAUGCUUCGGGGUCCGGUACAGGGUCAUCGAAUGUGACCGGCAGUGGCCGAGCAACCCGCCCGAGACUAUCGGCCGGUUCGGCCGGUGGGCUGGAACUUCCUGAGCUCGAUCCGGAACAGAUCGAGGUGAAGCUGGAGCUGGUAAGCGACGAGGAAAAGGAACUGCGGCCGGAGGAGUUGUUGAAAAACGCGGAACAGGUCGAGCUGAAGGAACCCAACCUGCUAAUACCGAAGGAUGAACCGAUGGAGGAAGACGAAGAUGAUCCGAAUGAUCCGGACUUUGAGGAUGAUGGCGGUAGCGAAACGGACGAUGAAAGCUCCGGCAUGGACGAAGCGGAUGAAAGCGAUCGAUCAACCCGGCUAAGACGUCGCACGAGACGUGCUCACAAACCUAAGAAAUCUAACCCAACUUCUGCUUCUGGGAAGACAGCAGUCAGCACUGCUAGUGCCACUACUACGAGAGGGAAUGGUUCGACGAGCACCAGCACAGCACAACCGGUGCCAGGAACGAUUAAGAUCAUUAAUUACACCGGCGGUACCAACUUCAAGCUGUCCUCGGUAGCAAACGUCGUUAGUGCAGCAACGCCCGUUGCGACUACGGUCAGCAUAACGACCCUCGCUGGGAAAGGGGAUGGAACGGCUACUACCACCACUACAGCACCGAGCAAAAUUUCUCUCGUACCGACCAACUUUCUGCUAAAGCCACAAGCAUCCGGUAUCGGCUUUAAGCAACCGAUACAGCUGUACACCAAACCGACCGUAUCGAUCGCGGGAACCAAACCAUCACCAGGCGCACAACCGAUCGUGUCCGUUAGUACGGCUGGUGGCGUGAAAACGUCAACCGCCGGCACAUCCGGUGCUCCGAUGAAAGUUUUUCUGGUCAACACGCUCUCGAAGGACGGGUCGGGCACGAAGCAGCAGCUUCUUACUACGGCUGCAACCAAACAGCUCUAUACCACCUCGACCGGUGUAUCGCUGCAAGGUACCUCGCACGUGUCCGGCCUCCCACAGAUCAGCAUCCAGCCAAAGCAACUACUAAACGCCACCGGGCAAACAACGCUCGGAAGAAGCAUUAUACAAUCCACAGCCGCCGUACCGACCAUACGACCGGGUGCUACACCUACGCCGAAGCUGGGGGGCUUUAAGUCACUGCUGAAUCAGCUCGUGGGGUUGCAGCGCGAAAAUCUCGGCAUCACGAAAACACGCCUGGUAGCCGAGAAGGAACGGUUCGGCAACGAAAAGUCCGUUGCAAAUUCGUUGCUGGACGCGCUCGGCGAGCUGAAUGCGCUGCUAACGGAAGUGAAUGGUGGGAUGCCGCAAAUGAAAGACUCGGAAGAGGAUGAGGAGGAGGAAGAGGAGGAGGAGGAUGGGGAGGAAGACGAAGAAGAGGCCGCGGUUAAGAUAUCGAGCGAAAGCCCAAUCUCAAGCCCGGUGCGCUGUGUUAGCAGACACGACGAUGGCAUGAAAACGGAGGUGAUCAGCGAUUCGGAGGAAGGUUAGGUGAAAUAAAAUACUUGAUUGGCGUUGUCAAAAACA